CCUAGUAUAGCCAUAAUGUCAGUGCCAUGCAGAUCGACCACUGGGAGUCAAUUGGAAGUUGAACGACUCGAUGAUCGUAGUCGGAUCGUAGAUUUAUCAAACUUCCAAGAUCCAGAUCUCGCUUGCCACAAACUUUAGAAACGCCCUUCCACGAGCCGAAAGUCAUUGAUGUAACCUGCUUGACCUUGUACAUUAUGUAUACUGUAACCUCCGCAUAUAUUGCUUCUGCAACAAACAGGCAUUCAAAUGCCGCGGCUAUAUCACCCAGUGGCACCCUUGCCUUCGGUUCAGCAACUUAUGUCGCUCUUUGGAACACAAAGGAUAAGUGUGACCAUGGGGUGUACCAGACACUGCCUGGACACCAGGGCAUUGUCACCGCAGUCCGCUUUGUCCAGGGGUAUGAUGCUUUCAUCAGCGUGGACGACAAAGGCACUAUGAAAUACUGGAAGAAGAUAACUGGCGAAUUUCAAUGCACAUUCACAGUGUCUGCACAUUCAAAAUCAAUAUCAUCCCUUGCUGUCCUUAAUGAUACUAUUGUUACUGGUGGUUCCGACUCACUUGUUAAAAUUUGGAAAUUGGAGUCUGAUCAAUGCGUUGAGGUGCAAUCUCUAACGCUUCGAGGUCGCUAUCCUUUAUCCCUUGCGCUUUCUCUUUUGCCGAACUCUCAAGCUUGUAUACUUGCGAUUGGUGCAACCGAGAAGACAAUACAGCUAUGGACUCGUUCCGAGGAGAACUUCGUAUAUGCCGCUGCAUUGUCAGGUCACGAGGACUGGAUCAAAAGCCUAGCCUUCCAACCACCCUCGAUAAAGGGCGAUCCUCUCAUCCUAGCUUCAGGAUCACAGGAUGGGACAAUCCGAUUGUGGAAUAUUGAGCCACACGUUAGACAAACUUCAACAAAUGACGGCACAGUUGAAGGAGAACUCAGUGACGACUUACUAGAUGCCUUUGAAGCUUCACUUGGUGAUCUCGCAGAUGCUGAGGAGGGGGGUCGUCAAAUAUCCUUGAAGCGUCACAUGUUGACACUGAAGUCUGACCAAACAAGUCCACAGCAAUUUACGGUGACGUUCGAUGCGCUCCUUAUAGGUCACGAAGCUGGCGUCACGUCACUAUCCUGGAGGCCAUCCUCCAUCCUAGCACCAGAGCCCACAUUGCUUUCGACAUCUACAGACUCUUCCGUAAUUCUGUGGUCACCGUCAACGAUAUUCGGUUCGUCCAGCAGUCAAACAACAUCUAUCUGGAUCAAUCAACAACGAUUUGGUGAUAUUGGCGGUCAACGGCUUGGGGGAUUUAUCAGCGGCUUAUGGGCUUGUGAAGGUAUGGACGUCACUGCAUGGGGCUGGAAUGGCGGUUGGAGACGUUGGCGCUGCAGACCCAUGAGUGAUGAUGAGAGAGGGGCAAAUGUGCCGGAAGAGUGGUACGAAGUUGGCGCAAUCACAGGACAUGCUGGUCCGGUCAAAGGACUCUCAUGGAGCCCACAGGGUCAAUAUGUCAUCAGCGCAAGCUUGGACCAGACCACCCGCAUACAUGGACCCAUUCCUGCUGAUAUUAGCAAUGUGGCUCCUUCGUGGCAUGAGCUUAGUCGGCCGCAGGUUCAUGGCUACGACCUCAUUGAUGUCGCUUUCCUAGAUGCUACUCGAUUUGUUAGUAUCGCUGAUGAGAAAGUUGCUCGCGUCUUCGAUGCUCCACGCGAAUUCAUAGAUCUUGUGAACAACUUGCAGGUUGCCGACAUAACAGUCAACAAGGAUGAGAGGCCCAGAGCAGCCACUGUACCUCCUCUUGGCCUGUCGAACAAGGCAGUCGAAGCAUCGCAAGGUACUGAAGCACCAAUUGAACUUGAUCCAUCUCGCACAAAGCGACGGCCGUUUGAAGGUGAAUUGGCAGCAGCGACCUUGUGGCCAGAAAUUGAGAAAGUCUUCGGACAUGGUUACGAAUCAAUAUCUCUCGCUGUCUCGAGUAACAAGCAAUUCGCAGCGACCGCCUGCAAAGCCGCCUCUCCUGAGCAUGCUGUCAUAAGGGUGUAUGACACAGAGAAAUGGCACCCGUUCGGUAGUCCUCUUUCAGGGCACGCUUUGACGAUCACUCGGAUUGCCUUCAGCCCCGACGAUAGAUACAUCUUAUCUGUGUCACGCGAUAGAUCCUGGCACCUCUUUGAGCGGAACGGAUCUGGAGACGGCUACCUCCCAUGCGCAGGGGACAAGUCUCAUGCUCGUAUCAUCUGGGAUUGUGCUUGGGCGCAUGAAGGUGAUGUCUUCGCUACGGCCUCGAGAGAUAAAACCGUCAAGAUAUGGCAUAUCAAGAAUCUGGGAUCCAAAAAGUGGCCAGCGGAGGCCACAUUAAAGUUGCGUGACGCAGUUACAGCUGUUGCCUUUGCGUCCGCCGACUCUGAUCAACGGCGACGACUGGCCGUAGGUCUGGAAUCAGGAGAGAUUGUGAUAUACUCCAAUCCUUUAUCCGCACCAUCGGAAUGGAAGGAGGAGCUAUUUAUCGAUUCGCGACAUGCUCACGUCGAUCACAUACAUCGUCUUUCGUGGCGGCCGGGGACGAAUGGCAUGACAAAACAACUAGCAAGUUGUAGCGAAGAUGGUACAGUGAAGGUAUUACUCGUCCAUAUCGGAACAGUAUAGACAACCCGAACACGAUAUGUAAAGAGGAGAUCAAGGAAAGCUACGCAGUAUACAGUGAGAGACAGGAACCGGGCAACGAGCUAAUAACGAAACAAUGAGGUAGGAUGUGCGGUAAGGGUAUAGAACACAGUAAGAACGCCGAGACGCGAGAUGAUAUAUAGUGGCAAUGUGGUAGCACGAACGGAUGAGCAUGAGCAGAAACUGAGAGCAGGGGAUAGGGAUACACAAUUGAUACAAGUGAGGGCAUUAGACAAUGUCGCGGAGACUCAUGGGCACUUCAGGCUGUAAAAACUUCGUCAGUUAGCACGAAAGGAUUUAGGAGACAUAAGACG